GACCUGUAGCAGUUGUUUUGUGUUUAGUUUUGUAUGUGGUUGGAGGUUGAGGACCUUAGGUAAGUUGGGGUACCUUGUACAUUUUAACACGCACGUUAAAGUCACACUAUGCAACUUUUCCAGCUUCGGUCCCCCUACAGGUUAAAUAUGCAAAUACAGCUCGCGAGUAAAGUUGCAUAGUAUGCCUUUAACUUUGUAUAGAUACACAAGGUUUACUGGUCAGUGCCACCCGUGUAUGGUUCUGUUAAGCACUUUUUUUAGAGAAGAAGGCAAGGUUUUUUGUUUGUGUUCGUGUUUAAAAGUAGUAGUAUAGUAUUGAAACAAGUCAUAGUGUUAAAAAAAAGUCAUAGAAUAGUAUUGAAAAGUCAUGUAAUAAUGUAUUUCCUUGUUACUUCCCUUCAGUGAGUGUAACUGAAGUGUGAAAAAAAGUGUGAAAUCUGAUAGCCCGUUCACUGCACAAUGACUUGCUGUUCAGAACACAGCUCUGACUAGUGUCACAUAUCAGGAAGAGAGACUCCGAUGAGCGUUGUCACUGAGAACAGAAAUGGCGCAGAAAGGAGUUCACCUGGACAGGGAAAAUUUCUCCUGUUCCAUCUGUCUGGAUCUACUGAAGGAUCCGGUGACUACUCCCUGUGGACACAACUACUGCAUGAACUGUAUUCAAAGCCACUGGGAUGAAGAGGAUCAUAAGAACAUCCACAGCUGUCCUCAGUGCAGGCAGACAUUCACACCGAGGCCUGUCCUGCUGAAAAACACCAUGUUAGCAGAUUUAGUGGAGGAGCUGAAGAAGACUGGACUCCAAGCUGCUCCUGCUGAUCACUGCUAUGCUGGAGCUGAAGAUGUGGCCUGUGAUGUCUGCACUGGGAGAAAACUGAAAGCACACAAGUCCUGUUUGAUGUGUCUGAUGUCUUACUGUGAUAAACACCUCCAGCCUCAUUAUGAUGUUCCUCAAUUAAAGAAACACAAGCUGGUGGAGCCCUCCAAGAAGCUCCAGGAGAACAUCUGCUCUCAUCAUGAUGAGGUGAUGAAGAUUUUCUGUCGUACUGAUCAGCAGCUAAUCUGUUAUCUCUGCUUAAUGGACGAACAUAAAGGCCACGACAUAGUUCCAGCUGCAGCAGAAAGGACUGAGAGGCAGAGAGAGCUCGAGGGGAGUCCACUAAAGAUCCAGCAGAGAAUCCAGGACAGAGAGAAAGAUGUGAAGUUGCUUCAACAGCAGGUGGAGGUUAUCAAUGACUCUGCUGAUAAAGCAGUGGAGGACAGCGAGAAGAUCUUCUCUGAGCUGAUCCAUCUCCUGGAGAAAAGAAGCUCUGAUGUGAAGCAGCAGGUCAGAUCCCAGCAGAAAAGAGAAGAGAGUCGAGUCAAAGAGCUUCAGGAGAAGCUGGAGCAGGAGAUCACUGAGCUGAAGAGGAAAGACGCUGAGCUGAAGAAGCUCUCACACACAGAGGAUCACAACCAGUUUCUACACAACUACCCCUCACCGUCACCACUCAGCCAAUCAGCAUCCAGCAUCCAUAUCCGUCCUCUGAGCUACUUUGAGGACGUGACAGCGGCUGUAUCAGAAGUCAGAGAUAAACUACAGGAUGUCCUGAGAGAGAAGAGGACAAACUGCUCACUGACAGGGACUGAGGUGGAUGUUUUACUGCCACAACCAGAGCCCAAGACCAGAGCUGACUUCUUAAAAUAUUCACGUGACAUCACACUGGAUCCAAACACCGCAAACACACAUCUGUUAUUAUCUGAUGGGAACAGAAAAGCAACAUAUAUGAGACAACAUCAGCUUUAUUCUAGUCACCCAGACAGGUUCACUGUAUGGCCUCAGGUCCUGAGUAGAGAGGGUCUGACUGGAUGUUGUUACUGGGAGGUGGAGAGGAGAGGGGAAGGAGUACAUGUAGCAGUCGCAUACAAGACUAUCAGCAGAGCAGGGGAGGAUUGUGGAUUUGGAGAAAAUGACAAAUCUUGGGCGUUAGAUUGUGAGAAUAAUAGUCAUUCAUUUUGGUACAACAAUGUUCAAACUCCCGUCUCAGGUCCUGUGUCCUCCAGAGUAGGAGUGUACCUGGAUCACAGUGCAGGUAUUCUGUCCUUCUACAGCGUCUCUGAAACCAUGACUCUCCUCCACAGAGUCCAGACCACAUUCACUCAGCCUCUCUAUGCUGGACUUUAUCUUUAUUAUGGACACACAGCUGAGUUGUGUGAACUGAAAUAGACAGAAGUCAUUUAGGGUUAAUCUCUGUGUUUUAACUCUUCAGCUUAUUUAGUCUCCAUGUUUGUUGCUGAGAGAUGAUCGUUGUGACAUUUCUUCACUGUACAGAGAUCAGCUGUCAGUCAAACAUUAUGGGAUGUCCUUUGACAUCUUGUCAUUAGUUCUUGUGUAAAUGUUUGAGUAUCUUUAGGUGACUCCUUCCUGUGUCUGUUUAGCCACGGAGGCUAUCACUGCUCAUGAUGAUGUUUGUUGACCUGAACUGAGAAUGAAAACUUCUCUGCUCUCUAAAUGUUUGAUGAAUAUUUGUAUCGAUGUAUUUGUAUGAUGUUGUUUCUCUUCCACAUCAUGGGUCUGAAGAGAGAAAGCACCAGACCUCCUUUAUCCUCUAUACUUUGUUCUCUUUGUAAAGAAAUCUAUAAUCACAUGUAUCUGUUUAUACUGAUCAUAAUCCAUAAGGAAAUUAUUGUCUUUAACAUAUCUGAGAUUUAUAUAAACUGAUUGUGUGGAUGAAAUAAAUCUGUACAUACAUUUCAUAGAACAGACUUUACUGAUGGGAUGUGUGA